AAAAUCAAAUUAGCUUAUUAAGCACUCUUCAGAAAGACAAUUAAAUUGCUACUAAUUAGACAGUGCAUUUAAAUCACAUUUGUAAUAACAAUCUAAAACUACGAGCUACAACAUCGAAUACCAUAAUAUGGCAGAAAUGCUACGUUCGAUAGUUUUUCUGGCACUGUUUUUGUCUGUAUUUGCCCAAGAUGUUGACGAUUCUACUCGAAAAAAAGUAAAUGAGAUCUAUCCAAAAAGUGAAAAAAUAACUGAAUCUGAGGAAUUAGAAGAAGUCACCGAAAACACUAUUAAUAAUGGUUACGGUGCUACUGAGCAAUGUGGGGAAGGGUCUACCAUGGGAAAAAAGAAAUGUGUGCAGUAUUUCUUGUGCGAUCCGAAGACUAAUAUGAUAGUGGAUAAUACAAUUAGCAAUAAAUUUGGCAAUUACGGGAUCAUUGAUAUCAGGUUUGGAAAAAAGCCGUGCGAAGAUACCUUGGACGUGUGUUGUAAAAUUAAUCCAAAUACACCCACCCCCGAUCCUGUGUCUCCCACUCCAGUAACCCCAGAACCAGUCACCACUCCUCCGAUCGUAAAACCCAGCUUCUGUGGCAUUAGAAACCCCAAGGGAAUCGACUUUACCAUCACUGGAAAUCAUGACAAUGAAGCCGAAUACGGAGAGUUUCCUUGGAUGGUUGCAAUUUUGAACAAAAACUAUCUAUUACAAGGACUUGAUAAACCUCUUGCUUGUGGAGGUUCCUUGAUCACACCUAAUGUUGUUUUAACUGGCGCCCAUUGUGUUUACAGGAACAAAACCUUUGACCUGACUGUCCGCGCUGGAGAAUGGGACACCCAAACAACGAAAGAAAGGCUACCAUAUCAAGAAAGAAACGUCAACCAAAUUAUCUUCCAUGAGGAAUUCGUUCCUGGAAUUUUGCAUAACGACGUCGCCCUUUUAAUUCUCGACGAAGCAGUAAACAAAGCAGAUCAUAUUGGUACCAUUUGUUUACCGCCCCAAAACCUCAAAAUAAAUUCGAAAAACUGUUUCGUUACUGGAUGGGGUCAAAAGGAUUUCGGUAGAAAAGGAAAAUUCCAAGCUAUAUUGAAAAAAAUAGAACUACCUACAAUUGAUAAACGCAUUUGUCAGGAUGCCUUAAGAACUACCCGACUGGGACCAAAGUUUGGUCUACAUAGCUCCUUUAUGUGUGCUGGUGGAGAAGAAGGAAAAGAUGCGUGCACAGGUGAUGGAGGUAGUCCUUUGGUGUGCCCCGAUCCUUCACAUCCGGAGAGGUAUGUUCAAGUUGGAACAGUUGCAUGGGGUAUUGGUUGUGGUACAUUGAAUGUUCCAGGAGUAUAUGCUGACGUUGCUCAAUUUAGAAAUUGGAUCGACCAAAAAUUACGAAGACUUUCAAUUAGUAUGGCCCCUUAUACCGUGUAAUUUUGUACUUAUAUAUUUUGAAUAUAAAUAUUUUUUUAGACUU